AUGCGCCUGCGGUUUAGCUGCGUAGCAUUUGUUCCGCCUGGAUCUCAACUAGGAGUUUCGGGGAGCCCCGACUUCUUAGGUCGUUGGGAUCCUUGCAAAUGCCUCCCGUUAUUGCCAUACAGCUCGCCUUCUGAAGGUGGGAUUGAACCCAGCCUGUGGUUCGCAGACGUGGAGGUCAACGAGAAAAGUCUGGAACGCUGUGGGCAGUCCGCUGCAGGGGCAGCAGGGUCCAGCAGCCAUCGGUGUAACGGCACGGAAGGUGCUGCUGACACUUUUUCAGAUAAGCUAAUAGCAGCUAUAACCUGCAGAGACUCCGCAUCGGCAGGGACGCAGCGUUCGGCAUUUCUCCCAGAUACACUUUCUUCAACAAACGACGAAGCGUCAAGUAUUGCAGCGGCGGCUUACUGCCGUGUUGACCACAGGGCACCUCGUAUUGCUGCAAUACUUGAGCAGCACCCUCUUAAGCGAGUGCAGUUCGAAUACAAAUUUAUUUUGUGGAACUCACAAAAGCCUGUGGCUCCGUACGUGCCAGAUACACCUGGGGAAUCGUUUCAGCGUUCUGCCUACGGCAGCCCUUCCUGCACAUGGCGUACUUGGCUGUUUCCUCCCGCUCCCGCGCAGCAUGCCGAGCCGCCUUCCAAUAGCCUACAUGUUAUCUGGGAGGGGUCUGGCCCGGAGACUAACAGGAAGUUCUUCUUCGAUCCGAUGGACGUUGUGGUGGAUGAAUCUGAAAGUGGGAGCCUGGAGGUACUGUAUCUGUGCAAGGUUUCCAGGUUUGAGGAUCCGAGGACUGGGGAUGCUAGUGAGCACGGCCACACAACAUUUUUCUACAACACUGUGAAGGCACAGGGACGUAUGCAUUACUCGCGCAUUCUCCCAAAUCUUUACGUGGGAUCUUGCCCUCGUCAGCUCAAGCACAUCCGACAGCUGAAGGAGGAGCUGAAAGUGACCGUGGUUUUCAAUAUGCAAACUGCAGAUGACAUGAAGACAAAUUUCCCCGAUCCGCUGGCUAGCAAGCGAACGCCGGAGGCAGCGGGCCAGCUGUACGAGUCCGCCGGCCUCCGUUACGUGUGGAUGCCCACAGAGGACAUGAGUGAUGCUUGCCGGAAGCUUGCAGUGGCCCAGUGUGCCCUGAUAUUAGAUGCCCUGAUUCAGAACGGCCACAGCGUCUACGUUCACUGCAAUGCUGGUGUGGGGAGGAGUGUUGCAGCAGUCAGCGCAUACUUGUGCUUUUGCGUGGGCCUUGAUGUCCGCAAAGUCAAUUUUUUGGUAAGCACCAAACGGCCAGUUGCCUAUUGGGACGAGAAGGCCAUCGAGGCCGGACUCAUUGAUUUCAAUGACAAAUAUGGCAGGGUCAAACAGCCAUUGAAGAGUAAUUGA